GAAAACUAAUAGACUAAUAAUUGUGAAUUUGUCACAUAAUACCAAAACCAAUGAAAACAUCUUGUACCAACCAAAAUUAAAAACAUCUUGUACCAACCAAAAUUAAAUCAUCUAUAUAUACAUGCUAUCUUCUAACUUGUAACGAACAUUCAAGCAAGGUUAGUGAAUUGAUACUGAUAAUCAAGAAUCAAAUCAAUAAAAUGAGUCUGAAUAUUCAUCAAGAGAAACCUCACAAAUCUAGUUGUAAGAAGUUCUUUGAGUGGGCAUCAAAGUGUUUUGAACACGAAAAUCAAGAAAAAUGGAUAGAAGAUAUGAAGACUAGCAUUGGUAUAGCAGUUUCUAUAAUCGCAACUAUAACAUUUUCACUCGCCACUAAUCCACCUGGUGGCGUCGUGCAAGUCAGUCACGGCGAUAUUCCCUUUUCCGAAAACAAUACAUUUUGUUCGAAUACGACCGGAGAUCUUAUAUGCGCGGGAGAAUCUAUCUUGGCAACUUCAAAAAAUGGCGAUUAUCUUCCAUUUUUGGUAUGCAAUACAAUUUCUUUCAUUUCAUCACUUAGUGUUCUUCUCUUGCUUGUUAGUGGAAUUCCUUUACAAAAAACAUUUCUAUUAUGGCUUUUGUCAAUUGGAAUGUGUGUCACACUCACAAGCCUUGCUCUUACCUACAUGUUUGCUGUUUUUAUGGUCACACCAAAUGUCAUUUGGAGUUCUCUUUUAGAAAAUGUGUUUGGUUUUUCUGUUGUUAUUUGGGCUUCGUUUGUUGUACUUCUUGCUGCUUUUUUCAUUCUUCGCUUUAUUGCGAGGGGUGUCCACAAAGUUUGCAACUGUAUGAGGCGUCAAUAAAUUUCGCAAAGAAGACACUAAAAACAAUCGAGUCUUUGUGGUUACAGAAUCUGUCAAAAAAUAUUCAAUUAUAUAUUUGUAUUUGUUGUAAUUUGAAUUAUGCAGACAAUUUCACCUAGUGAGAUAAGAUUUCAUUGUUGUUGUACUUAUACUUCUUGUAAUUUGAAUUAACUAUGUGGUUAAGAUACGCCUAUGUUCUGCACUUUAAUUCGGUUUAUUUAUCCAAAAGAAUCAUGUAAUUGUAUUAUAUAAUUGUUUGGUGGAAUAAAUGGGAGAAGCUUACUAGUUUUUCAAUAUAA